AUGCAAUCAAUGAAUGUGCAGCCCCAAGUGUUCCCGGUAGGCGGGGGUCAGUUUUUCAAUCAACAUCAAAUGAAUGAACCACAAGGUAAUCUGGGUAAUAAUAAUCCUCAUAUUUUUUCACCACAAGUCAAUCAAGCUAGGUUGCUUGCUCAACAACAUCCUGUUUCUGGAGAAGUUCCUGGAUUACAUCUAAUGAAUAAUGGUCAAGAUAUGACUGGGAAUUAUAUUUUGAAACAAAAGAUGGAGAACGUACAAGGGCAACAACAAGGACAACAACAAUUCAAUGUCAACGCCAAUGUUGGCCAAAAUAUGCCUCCUGGUUUGAAUGUUUAUCAGCAAGGAGCUCCCGGUUUAGUAAGACCUUUAAAUUCACAAAUGCCCAAACAAAUGGGUGUAACGGCCAACACACCAGUUCAAGCCAAUGCUAUGAUGCAUACAAUGUUACCUCCUCCAAACCAAUUGUUUAUACGUGAAGUUUGGAAAGGUAAUUUGCAUUCAGAGUUUUCCCUUUUACGAAGAAUGAUUCAACAAUACAAUCAAGUUUCCAUUAGCACAGAAUUUGUUGGUACCUUAGCAAGACCAAUAGGUAAUUUCAGAUCAAAGACAGAUUAUCAUUAUCAAACAAUGAGAUCCAACGUUGAUUUGUUGAACCCAAUACAAAUUGGUAUAUCUAUAAGCGAUAUUAACGGUAAGAAGCCAGAAAACGGACCCUCUACAUGGCAAUUUAAUUUUAGUUUUGAUAUCACCAAUGAAAUGGUUUCUGGAGAAUCGCUAGAAUUACUAAGGAAAUCAGGAAUAAAUUUUGAAACACACAAGAGUAAUGGUAUCGAAAUUUUCGAAUUUGCCCAAUUAAUGAUGGAUUCAGGGUUGAUUUUAGAUAAAAGCAUCACUUGGAUCACAUUCCAUGCCGCAUACGAUUUCGGAUUUUUAAUCCAUCUCCUAAUGAACGACGUGAUGCCAAACAAUAUGAAAGACUUCGAAUGGUGGGUCAACAAAUUCAUUCCAAACUUUUACGACGUCAAUCUAAUUUAUAAAGUCAUCACCGAUUUUAAACAACAAAUGCAAUCGCAACAACAGCAACAACAACAACCACAACUAACGCUAAUGUCACUAUCCGACGAAUUAGGGUUCCCUCGCUUCCCACUAUUCACAACUACUGGAGGCCAAAGUUUACUAACUCUAUUGGUAUUCUCACAAUUACGUAAUCUAUCAAUGCAUAAAUUACCAAAUGGCGCAGAUUUCACAACUUACAAAAACCUAAUGUACGGCAUAAACAGCGAAUAA